UCCUCCUCUCUGACAUUAGUAUGUGCUUGCCUGGGAGGGUGUGGACACAACAAUGGAGGAAGGCAACACAGAGGAGGACAUUGAGGCCCUGAUAGAAGAACUGGACUUCAUCCCUGGACAUUUUCACCUUCCGCUUCAUCUAAACAGAGAGCCUGAUGGACCAGAAACCCUGCGCCGCCACGAUACCCAGCUGAAGCAGGAGAGUCUGAGGGCUGAGCUGGAGGCCGAGACUGGGAGGCUGCAGUAUGCUGUUCGAAACAUGCUGGGCCUGCUGGCCUGUCAUUUGGAUGAGCUGGAUGCUGCUGAGGAGAUCUUUCGGAGCAUCUGCCAGGAAGAUCCUGGAAACCUGAAUGCCUGGGCCAACCUGGCCCACGUAUGUGGAGGACUGGGCCAGGAGCAGGACGAGAGCGAGUACCUGGAACGGGUGGCGGCUCUCAUGGGCACAGAGACUGGUGAGAGCCAGGCAGACUGCAGGCUCAGGACAGCCCGGUGCCUGGCCGAGCAAGCUUACGCCCAUCCACACGACGUACAGCUAGAGAAAGAGGAGGACCAGCAGGAGAGGCUGACCGCUGCACUGACCCUGUAUAACCGGGCACUGCACUAUGGAGAACUGGUACCUACAGAAGAGAAGUGGAAUUGGUACUUCAAAAUGGCAACAAUUCACAUAAGAUUAUACACUAUUGUCAAUGAUUCAAAGGAUUUGGAGUACACCCGGCUUGGCCACUUCAACAAAGGCCUAACACUGCUAACAGAGACUCUAAACUCAGAGACAACACACCUUAAAGCACUCGCAUGGUGUUACAUUGGGCUCAUGCUGGAGAGGACGGAAGAGUUCCCCACUGUUCCAAUGGCAGUUCACGACUGCGGCCUCUCUGGAUCUGACCCGCUCUCAUGCUAUGGAUUGGGUAUCAAACUGGCUACAGAUGACACGUUCACGUUGAAUCAGCUAAGCAGUGUGUUUUUUCGGUCAGGCAAGCAUGAGAUGGCAGUAGGAAUCUGUAACAUGGCCCUGAACGUUUUGCCUGAUGCAGAACUCAACUGGCAAGCCUAUUACACCCGGGCUAAACUUAAGGUCAGCACCUAUGUGAAGGCCUUGGACAGGGCUAAGCAGGGACUGGAUGGGAUUCCUGAUCGGCAGGAUCUGAGGGAGGCUCGUAUUGACCUUGAGCGAGUGCUGAGUGUCCGGCCCUGUCUGAGGACACACCUGGAAAUGGGGCAGGUCUAUUACUACAUGGGAGUGGACGCUCUGCAGGAGAGUUUAAUGGUGGAUGAAAUGGCAGUUAAUCAGGCUUUGGUCAGCCUAGCCCAGGCUCUGCAGUGUCCACUGGGCUCCACUCUACCCGAGCUGCAGCUGCUGAGGGGCCGUUGUCUCCUGCUGAAGGGUGAGGAGCAGAAUGCGAUAGACUGCUUCAAACGAGCGCUGGAGCUGGAGCGGCCUGGUGGUCAGGAGCUCUGGGCCCUGUCCUUAUUACUGCACACUCUGCUCACAGUCUUCUGCCAGAGCACAGGAGACCUGGGCCACAUUAUUGCUCAAAUGGAGGAGUGUGUACUGCGGGCCGAGCAGCGGCACGGCGACGGCCUUGUAAAGACUGAGCUCAAGAUGCUGUGUAGGAAGCACACAGAAGAAGUGGCAGAACUGUCCAAGGAGCUGGUGAAGAGAGGCAGACUGGGUAUAGUCAGGAGGCUGCUGCAGAGUGUACAGCCACAGGGGAAACACACAGCCCUGGGAAGGUCACUGUCUGUAUAAAAGGGAGGAGAUGAGUAGAAGCACAUUUCUUGUAGUGUGGUCAAACAAGCUCUAACAUGAAAACUGCAAAUCUCAUUAGCUUUUUAAUGAAUACAGACUUGUGUUGUACAAUGUACAAUAAAAUGGUUACUACUAUUACUACUGACAUGAGACAGAGGUAUUAAAAUUGUCAUCAUAUAAUUUAGUAAAUUUCGUGUAAAUAAUGAACUUUACCAUGCUGUAAUUUUGAAAAAAUAAAAUUAGUCCCAAAGUACAAA